UUUUUUUUUUCUGACUUCCAGCUUUUUUUUUCUGUUUCUUCUUUCUAUAUUCCCUUUACUUUCUUCUCAUGGCUGCUGUAUUAGUUGAUGAUUAUGGCGGUCACACUACUUCAACACCAAGUACAAAAGAUUAUCACUCAAAUAUAUCAAAUAAAGGAACAACGUCUGGUACAACAUCAAUAUCACCUUCUAUUCAGGAACCUCACCAUCGAUAUCAACAAAAAGUUAUUGGCAAUUAUUCUUUGACUGAAAGUCUUGGGAAAGGGUCUAUGGGAAAAGUCAAACUUGGUGUACAUAAUGUUACAGGAGAUAAAAUUGCUAUCAAGAUUGUACCUCGUGCCAACUUUGCUCAAUUCAAAACAGGUGUUACGAAUAAAACAGAAAAGCAAAUAGCCAAAGAAUAUGCCAGAGAAGAAAACCGUGAAAUGCGAACGAUACGUGAAGCUCAUAUGAUGAUGCUCUUACGACAUCCGAACAUUGUUGGACUCAAGGAUUUGGUAGUGGCUGGACCUUACUUUUAUAUCUUGAUGGAUUAUGUCAAUGGUGGUCAACUCUUACAUUAUAUUGUCAAGCGUCAACGUCUAUCUGAAAAACGUGCUCGCAGCUUUGCACGCCAAAUCGUCAGCGCGUUGGAUUACAUGCAUCGGAAUUCUAUUGUGCAUCGAGAUCUCAAAAUUGAAAAUAUAUUGAUUGACAAGUCGGGUCGCAAAGUGAAAAUUAUUGAUUUUGGUCUCUCUAACUUGUUUUGUCCUGAACGUCAAUUGACUACCUAUUGUGGUUCUCUCUAUUUUGCUGCUCCUGAACUUUUACGUGCUACCCCUUACAAUGGUCCUGAAGUCGAUAUUUGGAGUCUCGGUGUGGUUAUUUACGUGAUGGUGACCGGUUCUGUUCCCUUUGAUGACAAAUCUAUGCCUGGUCUUCAUGAAAAAAUCAAACGUGGUGAAGUCACUUAUCCUGCUCAUCUUAGUGAAGAUUGUCUCGACCUUCUUAAAAGAAUCUUUGUUACUGAUCCUGUUCAACGAAUCUAUUUAUCAGAUAUCAUGCUGCAUCCUUGGAUGAAUCUGGAAUUACCACCUAUUCGAAACUAUCUUCCUAUACGCCAACCAUUGUCUUUACCUUUGAAUCCUCGUAUCAUUGAUCAGAUGUCUCAUGGAAUGGGUCUUGGAACUGCCGAAGAAAUUACAAAAAAAUUAGAUGUCAUUGUACAAUCACCCGUCUAUCGCGAUGCCGCUUUCUUGGUUAGGGAACAUCAAACAAGACCUGCCACUUUGACCAAUGAUUUGACUCAACCUCCUUUUUAUGAUGAUCCUCAAUCGAUUCCUGCUGCCUAUCAUCCUUUGGUCUCAGUAUAUCAUCUGACAGUAGAACGACAACAUUAUUUACAAGAAAUGCAAGCCAUCAAGCCGGUAGUGUCACUAUCUCGCAAAACUUCGGUGGAAUCGGUAUUAUCUAUGGGUGGUACUUCCACUGCUCCUGGAAGUCAAGUUUCACUCAAUAUGAUGGAUGAUCAUCAUGAUGGAUCACAGAAUUCAACUAUGCCUGCAAGGAAAAUUACUGAAGUACCAUUUGGAAAUAUGAUACAACAUUCACCUAGUGUCAAAGGUCUCUCUUCUCAACCUCAAGCGUCCUCUACGUCAACAGAUUAUCUCAGUCGAAUUCAGCGCUGGCUUCGCUCAUCAACAUCACAACAUCAUUUGGACGAACCAUCAUCAUCUCCUACUUCUUCUAUGAAUGCCCAUGGUCAUCAUUUUCAUCAUACAACAGCUUCUCCAUUAACAACCCAAGUUACCAAUGCCGAAGAUAAUGAUGAUAUGAUUGCCGCAACUUCACCCUUGCAACAACAACAACAACAACAACAACAACAACAGCAACAACAUCAUCAUCAUCAACAACAACAGUACCGAUCAACAGGCUCUUCUGCACUAGAGUCAUCUACAACAACAACGGAGGAAUUUCAUGUGCAAGCUACGCCUUUACCAGCGAAAUCACUCUUACGCAAGAUAUCUUACGUAGUAUUGCGUCGUGGUACCUCCAAUAAAAGCAGUAAAAGCAAUGAUAGCGGCGGCAGUAGUUCGGGACAAUUGAAUAUGGAACAACAACAAUUGCAACAACCUUCCUCCUCUACAACAACCACUGCAUCAUCAUCAUCCGGUUCUAAAACAAGUGUACCAACAACGACAUCAGCAGCUAUCAAUGUUCUCCCUGAAUCAUAUAAAGAUCGACCAUUACCUCCUCUUCCUCCAACCAUUGCACCUUCUGCCUCCACCUCCACUACCCUUCGUCCACCAAAGGCAAAAACGAGACUUCAUCGAUCAGCAUCAUCUGCCUCAGCCACCACUACCAUCAAUGCUUUGUCUUCAAAACUAGGUGCUUUACUUAAUCGAUCAUCCUCAUUCAACAAACGUUCACCUCAACCACAUGUCUCUUAGAUUAUUGUACUUUUAUCCUUUUUUUUUUUUUUUU